AUGACGCGAAUGAAAUUUGAACAAUUUACAACAUCGUCCACGCAUCGAACCUUUGAAAAUGUCAUAAAUGAAAGUAAUAAUGGUGGAAAUAGAUCAAAAACCAUGUGGAUUCCACAAGGUUAUCAAGUGACUAUCGCUUUUUGGGCUUUGGCAUUUUUACUCUUCACAUUAACUACGACCUCUUCUAUCAUUAUGGGAUUGAAUCGAAAUCUUUUACAUGAAGAAAAUGGUCCUGUUAUGAGAAGGAACAAAAUAUUUUUAUAUGCGAAUGGUUGUCUCUAUGGCACUUUUUGGUUUCAUUGUACUUUUAUUAUUUUCAUCUUGACAUUUUAUGGAAGGAAUUUAUUAAGAAUGACAGAAGAAAGUUUUAUGCUCACAGGAAUUCAAGACGCGGGUAAUAGCAAUUUUCCUGAUAGAAUAAAAACAAGCUACGAAAAGUUGUUAAGUGCUCUUUGGAUUGGCUUGUUGUAUAUCGUCAUAUCAAAUUUUGCACCUUCGAUAUGCCUUUUUGUGAUUUUAAUUGCAAUUUUACGAGCGGAAAUGAAUCCGGACCAAGAAGCAGCCACCGCAAUAGCAGUUAUUGAACUGAAUGAGAUAAAUACAUAUUUUUCAGACAUUGAAUCUUGA